AUGUUCGACGACGACCGUGUGGCCAACUUUAUUAUCAACCGGGGCCUCGUUAUCAAGGGGAAACUCCACCCGUGCCAGAUCUAUGAUAAGAGCGUCAACCUACAGCAAUGCUUCAAACGCCAGAUGUAUAAGCAUAUUGCCAAACACUGCAGACGUGGGCUACACUGCGCCUACUGCGCUGGUAACCACGACUCCGGAGAUUGCCCAAUCAAGCAAGAUUGGGAGCACGCCAAGUGCGCCAACUGUGAAGCGGAGAACCUACAAAUCAAAGACCCAUCUAAGAAGCUUGAUACAAAACACUUUGCAUACGCGCGAGAGUGCCUAAUCCGGGUGCAGCACCUACUCGAGGUACAGCAACGCCGUACAUAUGGCCCACAUUAUCAUCCCACCGUUGCGAGGCCUGGAGCCAUUACUCCCGGACUUACCACAGCCAAUGACCCGACCCCAGCAGAAGCCGCUGCUGCUGCCAACGAACGGAGCCCUCGAGCUCCAGCCAGAGAAGCAGCUACAGCACGCACAGCCAAAUCACGCAGCAAGAGCACCGCAGCACGGAAACGGGCUGUAGAAGCCGAACCGGACAGCCCCACGGUGGCGUUAGCCUCCAAGCCUACUACUAGAUCAUCCAAAAAGACCAUGCAUAACAAGGAGGCCCCAACCGACGAUAUCAUCUCAGAGCAGCGCGUAACCAAUGGAAUUACCUAUGAAAGUGCAGCCUCACGACGGAGGACAGCCCAAGGCAUCACCGCAGCUCGAGCCACGCCGAUUCUACAAUCAGACAUCCUUAGCACCGUCAAGGCAGUGCACCGAGACCGCAGCGUCCGGUCCGCGGAUCUCGAUGAUGAAUCGGAAGACGAGCUAAGCGCGAUAUCCACAGUCCGCACGCAGGCCAACUGCUGGAAAUCGCGAGACGAGGUCCAGAUGCAUCUCCUUGGUGAGAAGGAGCUCCACAGCUACGAGAUCCUGGCUAUCCAGGAGCCCUAUAUCAAUAAGCGCACCAACCCUAUGACGACCUACUCACAAGCCCUAGAGGGCCAUUUCCACGUCCUUCUACAGCCCGUGGCACCGGAGGAUUGGGAUCGGCACCCCCGAGUGUGCUUUUAUGUGAAUAAGAAUCUCGAUGCAACGCAGUGGGAGAUUCACUAUCACACCAGGGAUCUCAGCACGCUAUCGAUUCGCACCAAUAACAAGGAAAUAAUUCACAUUCACAACGCCUACAAUCCUGGCUUGGCCAGCAAUGACGAGCCCGUACUACGAGACCUACAGAUGGCUAUCGAGUCGCAUUCAGGCUUCCACGUCGCCCUGGGCGAUUUCAACCUGCACCACCCACUUUGGGCGGCUCCAGAUUACGCUCGGGUCGACGAGGAAGCCACGGAGCUGAUUGAUAUCAUGGACGUCCACAACAUGCGGCAGUUGCUACCUCGUGGCACGAUUACCUAUGAGAAAGCAGGCGCCGCUACAACCAUUGACCUGAUCUGGGCCUCCGAUGAGUUGGAGCAGCGCCUCGUACGUUGCCAGGAUCGUCGUGAGUGGUGGUACGGCGCAGACCACGUACCGAUCUACACCGAAUUCAGCCUCGAGCUCACUAAAGCACCGGAGGUUCACAAGAAGCAGUGGGACGCCACUGACUGGGACCUCUUUACGAAGCUGAUCACCAACCACAAUUGGUCUCCAUUGCCACUCCGUAAUACCAAGACGAUUGACGAGGAGGUACGUCGGCUGGUGAGCGCGAUUCACGAGGCCUCCGAGCUGGCUACCCCGACGAAGCGAAUCACCGGCUUCUCCACGCCAGGAUACACGCCAGAGAUGGGAGACGUAGCCCGGCUUCGUCGUCAAGCUCGUCGUAUGAAGCACCAGAGCUCGCAGCUGGCUCGUGAGCUCCACCGCAGUCGAAUCGAGGAAGCUACACAGUCGCUGGAUGGAUUCUGGAACGUAGCCCGUUGGGUACGUAGUCGAGGCUCACCAAGAGCCACAUUCACGCCUACGCUAAAGCACAGAGACUGCGAAUACAGCUCCCCAAUGGAGAAGGCCCAGCUCUUCCGUGAAGUCUUACACCCUGAGCCUCCAGUUGCUAGCCUACAGGAUAUCAGCGGCUACCGCUACCCCCAACGACAUGAGAUGCCUCCUAUCACAGCCCACGAAGUACGUGCCGCGAUAUCGAACGUCAAGCCCAAUAAGGCCCCAGGCCCCGACGGCAUUCCAAACCUA